AUGAUGAAAUGUAAUGAAUUCGAAAAAAGUGUUCCUCGCCAUCACAUGAAUUUAAAUAACUUGGAUAAGGCGCUGCAUGACUUGGGUAUGUUAAGUGCCAUAACAGAAGCACGCCGCGAGUAUUUAAGGGAAUCUAAAUCUAACUUCGGCGUGAUGCGUUUAAACACGCGCUAUGUUUCCAAUGUCACAGUAGGCUAUUGCAUGAAAAGAGCCGCAAACAAAAACAGAUUGUGUCCAUAUCUAUUACCUGUCAGACAUAGAACCAAAAGUGAGAAUUCUGAUGCGUUCAGUGAAGUAAGUGACAGUGGUUGCGAGCCUAAGAACAGUCUGCUGGAACCAUCCACCAGCGGUGUUAACACCUUUGAUCCUAAAAGUCCAGCAAAGCGUUGCCAGUCUCUUGAAAACCUCAACUUAUCCGUUGAUCCGCCGUCAACCACCGAGAUAUCGCCUGAAAUGGAUUGUGUGUCUACAAGGAUUCAAAAGCUGCAAGUUGAUGAA